UUAGGUUCUGAGCGUGGUGUGUACAGCCGGUCCCAACUCAGCUACAUGGUAUACAGUCAGUUACGGUUGAUCCUUCACGGACGGCAACAGUGGUUUGCGUAAAGUCCAUGCGCAUUCGUUUAAUGUUUUAAGUGGGCUUCAGUUAGGUUAGUUAGAGUUUACUUUCACUUGUAUUGUAUCAUACAAGUGUAUUUCAAAAACACAGUGUGCAUUCGAUAGACCAUUUAUCGAACAUGUUAGAUGACAUGGGUUCGAUAAAUUACUUUGCUCGGUACUAUUUUGUUUGAUGAAGUUGUAUUUUUGUAUGCGGCAACUCCAUAUGAUCGAUGUCAUGUAAAGUAAUUGUUUGAAUAGAAAAUACAACAAAAUGGAUGAAGACGAUAGUUCCGUACGCGUCGCUGUCAGGAUCCGGCCACAAACACCGCGCGAGAUCAUUGACAUGUGUCACAUAUGCACCACUGUCACACCCGGAGAGCCACAAGUGACCUUAGGAAAUGACAAAUCCUUCACUUAUAACUAUGUCUUCGACACUGAAGUUGUUCAACAAGCUGUAUACGAAACAUGUGUCGCACCUCUAGUCGAAUCUUCCCUAGAAGGGUACAACGCUACAGUAUUAGCCUAUGGGCAAACCGGUUCAGGAAAAACGUAUACAAUGGGAUCAGGUUUCGAUGUGGACUUACAGAUGGAACAACUGGGAAUAAUACCCAGGGCGAUACAUCACUUAUUUGACGGGAUGCACAACAAAAUUCAAAAUGCCCAAGAAAGCGGAAAUUUGCCACCGGAAUUUAAAGUCACGGCUCAGUUCAUGGAACUGUACAACGAAGAAAUUAUUGACCUUUUCAAUCCCACGUAUAAUAAAGACAAGGUUUACAAAAUCCACGAAGAUCCACAAGGAGGCAUCCAAGUAAAAGGAGUCACGUCCAAGACAAUAAUAUCAGCUGAAGAUGCCUUACAAUGCCUGAAAAUUGGUGCUCUAUCGCGAACGACUGCCAGUACACAGAUGAACACCCAGUCUUCUAGAUCCCAUGCAAUUUUCACACUACACAUUAAGCAACACCGCCUAGUGCCCGCCGACGACACCAACGAAUUCGAAACGUUGUCGGCCAAGUUCCAUUUUGUCGAUUUGGCUGGCUCGGAACGUCUCAAGAGGACAGGAGCCACCGGAGAAAGACAAAAGGAAGGAAUUUCCAUAAACUGCGGAUUAUUGGCGUUGGGAAAUGUGAUAUCCGCCUUAGGUGAUAAAAGUAAAAAGGCACUGCAUAUACCCUACAGGGAUUCGAAAUUGACCAGACUAUUACAAGAUAGUCUUGGUGGCAAUAGUCAGACUGUGAUGAUAGCUUGUGUAAGUCCAAGUGAUAGAGACUUUAUGGAGACUUUAAACACCUUAAAAUACGCCAAUAGGGCUCGAAACAUUAAGAAUAAAGUAUUCAUUAAUCAAGAUAAGAGUUCGAAAACUAUAUCACAACUUAAGCAACAGAUUGCACAACUUCAAUUAGAAUUAGUAGAGUACAAACAAGGCAAGCGAAUAAUAAACCAAGAUGGCACCGAAGUGGUCAACGACAUGUUUUAUGAAAAUAAUAUGUUACAAGGGGAAGUUAACAACUUAAGGACGAGAGUAAAAGCAAUGCAAGAUACUAUAGAUGCACUGACACUUAAAAAUACUAACUUACUAGCAGAAAAAGCGAUGGGCUCUUGGAUUGGUGGUGGAAACGAUAACGAUGUAGCAUGCAUGGUGCAAGCGUACUUAAAAGAAAUAGAGGAACUAGGCGCCAAACUAAUGGAAUCUAACAAAACUUGCGAACAACUACGAAAACAAUUAAACAGAUCGCAAGUAAUAAUCAACCAUAAUUUCGAUUUGGACUCAUCAAUAGAUAACAACUCAAUAAUCAUAGAAGAAGCUAAAAAGAAACUACAGGAAGAAAAGGCGGCUCUUAACAGGAGAUCGAUUGAAAUUGAAAGUGACCAAGAGAGUGAUAACGAUUCGGAAAGUGAUAGCGAAGACAAAGAUAUUGAUACAUCAUUAAAACACGAGCUAAUCUCACUGACCAAUGACAUAGAUAUGAAACAGAAGCUUAUUGAUGAGCUGGAACUGUCACAAAGAAGAAUGCAGACCAUGAGGCAGCAUUAUGAAGAAAAGUUGAUGCAACUGCAGCAAAGAAUAAAGAACACCCAGGAUGAACGUGACAGAAUCCUGCAUUCUUACAGCGCAAGCCCAGAACCUACUGACAAAGUAAAGAAAGUAAAGGAUGAAUAUACUAAAAAAUUGAAUGACAUGCAAAAAGAACUUAAGAGACUUCAGGCAGCUCAAAAAGAACAUGCUAGGCUAGUCAAGAAUCACAACCAACACGAAAAUCAAUUAAAAUCGUACAAGAACGAACUGUUGGAGAUGAAGAGGGCAAAGGUUAGGUUGAUCAAUAAAAUGAAGGAAGAGUCACAAAAACACAAGGAAGCUGAAUUGAGACGAUUGCGGGAAAUUGCACAACUUAAAAAAGAAUCGAGAAAGAAUGCAAACACCAUUAAAAAUAUGGAAAACGAAAGGAGAAUUAAAGAUCAAGUGCUAAAGAGAAAGCAGGAGGAAGUGAGCGUACUCAGAAAGAGUCAAAGGAAUAAACUUAGCCUUAAGGCAGCUGGUAGGGUCCCAAAAAAGAGUUUCUCGGAGAGAUCUGCUAAACAGAAAUGGCACACAGUAGAGAAGUCCAUUAAUAAUAUUGCGAUGAGCAGGAAAGGUCUUGUCGAACAGGAAGUCAGAAUGGAGCACUUCUUAGAAAAACGGGAAGCUCUAGGUAAGGAAUUGGAUGCGUUGGAAGAACGUCGUAAACAGGCUGUUUUAAAGAAUCAGGAUACACAACAACUUGAUAGUUACAUUGAAGAUCUGAAAGAAAACAUCAAUUAUGUCCAAGAGACUAUUGCCGAAACUCAACAUAAUGUGAUGCAAAUAGAAGAAGCGCAAGAUAUAAAUGAGCACACUGAUAUCAACAACUUAGUGGACAAUAUUUAUAAUAUUGAAGAAGCCAAAUAUAUCAUAGAAAAGUUGUGCAAUAUGACACUUAGCCAAAGUCAUGCGGUUGCGCAGAGAGAUGCUAAAUUAAAGGAGAAUGAAGCUACGUUAGCAGAGUUACAACAAGAAACAAACGUUAAAGGGCAGCUACUGGACCACGUCCUGCAGAACGAGAUCCCAAUUUUCUCAAAAGAACUGAUCACAAGCGUGUCCAGCAACGCCAACGACACUAGUUCCAACAAUUCAUCACGUUCAAACUCAUCACUAGAUAUACAUUUUAGGACAAUUGAAUCUCAAGCAAACAAGUCGAAAAUAAGGAGACGCACUGUACAACCAGCCGAGUUACUUUUUGGUCUACAAACCCAACCAAAAAUGACCCAAUCACAUGAUCCAAACAUGAUCAGACCUGAUUAUCCUAUCCAAAGGGUUCCUAGUGUCCCCGGAAGUUUAAAAUAUACUUUGCAUGAUGAUAAUCAAAAUAGAACAGAGGCAACUAGUCAGGAUAGAAAGGUUGAAUUCGUAAUCGUUCAGAAAAUGAAAUUUUCUACAACUGAUGGAAGUGUUGAUUCCACAAGUGCCUGCAGUUUAAAGUAUAAAUUGUAUACUGAAACAAAUUUUUCGUGUCCAAAUUAUCUAAUGUCUAUAGUAUUUUUAAUAUUAAUUUUAACUUUAUUAAUGUUGUUAAUUAUAUAAUUUAUUUAUUAAUAAAAACAUAAUAUUUUGAA